AUCGAUAUUUCUUUGAUGCUGGACUCCUACAAUCUCAUGGUCCACCAAACCAAACACUCGUCAGCCCUCUCAGUACUACUGGAUUUUAUUCUUUUCAUGUAUUUUUAAGUGUCUUGCUCCAAAAAUAAAUUUAUUUAUGGUCCUGAAAUCACGAACUACAUAAAUCAAGCCAGCUUCGUUAUCCCUAAGGACAGGAGGAGGAAAAGGGAGGGAGUGCGAGGGGUGUAACUUGUAAGAAGGAAAUAAUGGCGACAGAGUCGUUGGGAAUAUCGAGUUGUGGUUCGUCGUUACUGUGCAGCUUCAAUGGCUCUCGAGGAUCUCUGGUCUUACUCUCUCCCUCUCGCUUCCUCUUUAGCGGCCUUCGCCGUCGACCCGUGUCUUCUUCUUCUUCUUCUUCGUUUUUUGGAAGUGUUCGUCUUAGCGCGACACCUUCUAAGCUCUCUGUUUCACAGAACCAGAGGAGAAACUUCUGUGUCUUCGCUAUGGCUACUGAAGAGUCAACUCGUACAAUACCAUUGAAAGACUAUCGCAAUAUUGGAAUUAUGGCUCACAUAGAUGCGGGAAAGACAACUACGACCGAAAGGAUUCUAUAUUAUACAGGAAGAAAUUAUAAAAUAGGCGAAGUGCAUGAGGGAACAGCUACAAUGGACUGGAUGGAGCAAGAACAAGAAAGAGGGAUAACCAUAACCUCAGCUGCAACAACCACAUUUUGGAACAAACAUCGGAUUAACAUUAUUGAUACCCCUGGCCAUGUUGACUUCACACUAGAGGUGGAGCGGGCUCUCAGAGUAUUGGAUGGUGCUAUAUGCUUGUUUGACAGUGUUGCUGGUGUGGAACCACAGUCUGAAACUGUAUGGAGACAAGCCGAUAAAUAUGGGGUACCCAGAAUUUGUUUUGUUAAUAAAAUGGAUCGUCUUGGGGCAAACUUUUUCCGAACAAGAGACAUGAUAGUUACUAAUUUGGGUGCUAAACCACUUGUUAUUCAAAUACCAAUUGGUGCAGAAGAUAAUUUUCGAGGAAUUGUGGAUCUUGUGAAGAUGAAAGCGGUGCUCUGGUCAGGGGAAGAGCUAGGUGCAAAAUUUGUCUAUGAGGAUAUUCCAAUGGAUCUUCAGGAGUUGACUGAAGACUAUCAUUCCCAGAUGAUAGAAGCCAUUGUUGAGUUAGAUGACGAAGCCAUGGAGAGCUACCUAGAAGGAAUAGAGCCUGAUGAGGAGACAGUUAAGAAGCUAAUUAGGAAGGGGACCAUUUCAGGCAGUUUUGUGCCAGUUUUAUGUGGCUCAGCAUUCAAAAAUAAGGGGGUCCAACCACUGCUUGACGCUGUAGUGGACUAUUUGCCUUCACCAUUAGACUUGCCACCUAUGAAAGGGACUGACCCUGAGGAUCCUGAAGUGAUAGUUGAAAGGGCCACAAGUGAUAAAGAACCAUUUGCUGGACUGGCUUUUAAGAUUAUGAGUGAUCCAUUUGUGGGGUCCCUUACAUUUGUCAGAGUUUAUGCAGGGAAGCUAACUGCUGGAUCUUAUGUGCUGAAUUCAAACAAAGGAAAGAAAGAAAGAAUAGGUAGGCUUCUGGAAAUGCAUGCCAACAGCAGAGAAGAUGUCAAGACUGCUUUGGCAGGUGAUAUUAUUGCUCUUGCGGGUUUAAAAGACACCAUUACGGGUGAAACAUUGUGUGAUCCUGAGGAUCCUAUCGUACUUGAACGGAUGGACUUUCCAGAUCCUGUGAUUAAAGUUGCAAUUGAACCCAAGACCAAAGCUGAUAUUGAUAAGAUGGCAGCUGGUUUGAUCAAGCUUGCCCAAGAGGACCCAUCUUUCCACUUUUCACGGGAUGAAGAAGUCAAUCAGACAGUUAUUGAAGGAAUGGGAGAACUCCAUCUCGAGAUUAUUGUUGACAGGCUCAAGAGGGAGUAUAAGGUAGAAGCAAAUGUUGGUGCACCGCAAGUGAACUACCGGGAAAGCAUUUCUAAAAUCUCAGAAGUAAAGUAUGUACACAAGAAGCAGUCAGGUGGUCAAGGACAGUUUGCUGAUAUCACCGUGAGAUUCGAACCUAUGGAGCCAGGUAGUGGAUAUGAGUUUAAGAGUGAAAUCAAGGGAGGUGCUGUUCCAAAAGAAUAUAUUCCAGGGGUAAUGAAAGGACUGGAGGAGUGCAUGAGUAAUGGUGUGCUUGCAGGCUUUCCGGUUGUUGAUGUACGAGCUGUCUUAGUGGAUGGUUCUUACCAUGAUGUUGAUUCGAGUGUCCUGGCUUUCCAAUUGGCAGCCAGAGGAGCUUUUCGGGAUGGAAUAAGGAAAUCCAUUCCAAAGAUGCUAGAGCCCAUAAUGAAAGUUGAAGUUGUCACUCCUGAAGAACAUUUGGGAGAUGUGAUUGGUGAUCUCAACUCAAGGAGAGGCCAGAUCAACAGCUUUGGUGAUAAACCUGGUGGUCUUAAGGUGGUGGAUGCCCUGGUUCCGCUGGCGGAAAUGUUUCAAUAUGUUAGCAGACUGCGAGGGAUGACGAAAGGUCGGGCCUCCUACACUAUGCAAUUAGCCAAGUUUGAUGUCGUCCCUCAGCAUAUCCAGAACCAGCUUGCGUCAAAAGAGCAACCAAUUGCCGCAUAACUUGAUGUCCCUGGUUCCGUAAACCUGGUUUGGGAGCAUCAUUUUUGUUUUCAGUUGACCCAAUUUUUGUAACUUGAAUAAUGUAUUUAUUUAUUGGUAUCAAUUUUACGUAUAUAUGCAAUGCAAGUUUGGAAGGA